AUGUAUCCAGAAAUCGCGGACACGUGGACGGGAAGGAAGAGGUUGGAGGUGGUGCAUAGAACUCCGGUAGCUCUGGUACCAGGUCGCAAAAGCGACUUAAUGUCCCCAUUUGUCCUCCGCCUCUCCGGAGGCGAUUCAUCCUCACCCUUUGUCCGUCCGCAGGACACGGCGUCCCAUAUAAGCGACACACCGAUUCGACUGAUCGCUCAGACGUGUUCGUGGUGUGUGUUUCAGGGAUUGGAACGCGACGAGCAACGUACGCGUACAAGAAUCCUGGCCCACGUGAGCGUCCUUCGGCACGGCCAACUCGAACCUCUUCAGCACCGAAGGAUCAGGCUCCUUGAUUGUUUCGCGCCUGGCGAACACCGGGAACACCGUGCACCGAAUCGUCACGCGAAGCUGCCCCAGCCCAGAACCAGUUAUGAACAUAUGAUUAAGCUCGUUUUAAUAAGUUUUUAUGUAGAUCUUACGCGUAAGGAUGUAUGAUAAAAAGUAAGUGUUGAAUAAACGAGAUACGUUGAGACA